AUGGCACACUCAACAAGACCGUCCGCUUCUCGAACGCACACUGCACCGGCACUUGCUCUAUCCCCCAAGACAAGUUCAGAGAAGAACACAGAUAAGAAGGCACAUCAUGUACGCAGAAAGUCAGGAAAGGAUUAUGCUGUAGUCGCAGAGAAGAAACCUAGUCGCCCGACAACUUUACAUAGAAGGGUAACACCACAAGUUAUUACAAAAGCUGGCAGAAGUAAGGAAAGAGAAAGUCAAUACUUGGAAAAAGAUAAUGGAGAGAGUUUCCCACAAUUCUGCUGUCGUCUUCAUGAUCAAGCCCCUACAUAUACUUCUCGAUCGAACCCAUAUGCGACAGCCCCAAGCUCUCCACCUUUGACCCCUUUCAUGUCAAGCGCAGCUUUACACUUUCCAGAAGAACCUCGAGAUAUCGUACCUCGACUUUCCCCCACACAAUCUCGACCUCGAUCAUACUUCAACUCCUCACCAUACCCCACCGAUUUCUCAUCCGCCUACCACGCACCAUCCGCAUCCCUCCCCGCAUCUCACUUUUACAACCCAUCACAAGCCGACACACAUUCCUCAAAUGCAUUAGAGAGCCUAAGAGAACUAGCCACCGCACUCCCUCGACUACAACCCCAAGAACCCGAAUCUCCACCAACCACCACACUCUCGAGGACUUCCUCUCAAGUAUGGAACUACAUGCCUUUUACGAGCAGAACCACCACACCCACUCCCCUCGCGACACCCGGAAACUCAUACUCCAACAGCGGUACCAGCUACCCUGCCCGUCGCAGUCGAGAAGAUUUAUAUGCAUCUGGGAACGGUCAAACAUUUACCAGCACGGGCGGUAUGGGUAUGGAUCGACCAUUACCACCACGAAGUGGUCCAGGUGGAUACGGACAUCGACCUAGGAGUAUCGAUCUCGUUACACCAUACACUGGUGUAUAA